AUGUUUUCGAGGCAUCUUCAAGAUGAGGACGUCGCAGUUCCCAUGGGAAAUGUUGUGGAUGGCUCCUUGCCGUUGCUCUUCAAGUUCUCAGGGGAGGACGAUCAGCCGGUGCACCAGAACGUCGAUUUAUCGAUGCAUCGCGUUAUGCAGAUCGUGGGCAAAGUGCCUAAGAGGAGCGAUGGAGCACAACCUAUAAAUUGGACGAUCCAUCGUAUCCCAAGUCAGGCUAACCAGACCUGCCACAAGAUCAGGAUCACGAUCAGAACCGCUCCUGAGUACCUUCGACACGUGCAAUCAGCUGAUCGCCACCUUACAACAAUGAUCCAUUUUGUGAUUCUCGCAGCGAGUGCAAGUCUGGCGGUGGCGGCUCCUCAAUGGGGUUACCAUGGGGCAGGAUACCAUGGGGCUCAUGUGGGAGGUCCCCCAGCUCCCCUUGGACCGGAUGGGCGCGUUGUGGACACACCGGAAGUCGCUCAGCUCAAGGCCGCCCACCUUUCCGCCUUAGCGGAAGCGCACGCUCGUGCCCCCAAAGGAUCCGCCAUCGGAACCCCAUACGAAGGAUACUAUGGCGGCCAUGACGGGUCUUACGCUCCUCGUUACAGCGGCCCCCCCGCCCCCCUGGGACCGGACGGUCGCGUAGUGGACACACCGGAAGUGCAGCAAGCGAAGGCGGUCCACUUCUCGUUGUACAGCGCCGAGGCGCAGAAGGUGCCAUCGGGCCCCGAGAACCCUGGCCAUGGGUCCUGGGGAGGAGACUGGAACCCAGCUUACGACCAUCACUACUAA